AUGUUGGAGUCAUUACUAGUGGAUCCAUUAGCAACACUUUACCAUGAGGAGCUGUUUCUUAUACAAUGGGUGCAAAAUUUUUUUGCGCCAGUGGGACCGUUACUGCUGCUGCUCAGCGAGCAUUUGACGCCAGCAAAAUUACUGGAUAUCUAUAUUCCAGUGAUAGGUGUAUUUAACCAACAGCUUAUGAUGCUACUUGUAGGCACGCUAGGUGUAAUGAAUGUGCUCUCCUCUUUAAUUAAAUGGUCUGCGCCGGCAAACCGCCCUUACUGGUGGUUACGUGAGUCUAAUGACACGACUGCGUUACAGCAAUAUCAGGGCACUUGCCAAACGACAGCAGCGUUUCCCUCGAGCCAUUUGGUGUCCUUCAGCACAACUCUUUACUUGAUAGCUUUGGUCUUUUUACCCGCCUGUUGUCAGCGCCUUAAAUUGCCUAAUCGAUAUUUGAGCGCAUUUUGUAUACAAACGGUUAUACUAGGCGGCACUGCCAUGUCAAUAAGUCGCAUUUAUUUGGCAGCACAAUUUCCACAUCAAUGUCUGUUAACAUGCUUUUUCACGAUAUUCACGUUGCACACAUUCCGCAAAUAUUCCAAAAGCUUGUGUAAUCUUCGUCGGUUUAAAGCAAUCCUGAUACUCGGCUGCCUUAGUUUUUCGCCGGUGUUGAUAUAUUUUGGCAUGCUGCGUAUUGACAUGGAUCCGCAUUGGUCGGUGCGCAUGGCCUUCAAGUGGUGUAUGGAUCCGACACAAAUGCGCCAUGAGGAUAGUUCAAUUUUCGUGCUGGCUCGCGAUUUUGGACAUCUUACCGGCGUAGUGCUUUCGUUGCCAAUCUAUGAAAGCUUGGAAAAUAAAACUGUUAUCACCAAACGUCUUCCAUUGCUUUUGGUGCUGGAAAUGCUCAACUACUACGCGCGUCUGGAAACGCCGAAGACUUACGGUCGGGUAGCAUUUGUGGCUUAUGAGUUUGCACGUAAUGCUAUGCAUUCGUUUACGCUUUUAAAAAUCGUGCCGAAAUUGACGACAUAAUGAAGAACUCUCGAAAAUAAUUAUAUACAUAUGAUUCUAUUGUAAAGUAU